GCAGUGCCUGCUAGAAUGUCCUAAAUGAGUCAGGAUUAUGUGUCUCUCUUGCUCAGAUUGAGAGUAAAGCCACGGCUUGAGCGCUUUGUAUCUCUGCUGCUUGGCUGAGCACAGGAAUGAGCACAGCAGUGGUACACAGAGGAUUCCUCAGGAAAUAUGGGGGCUUCAUGUUCAAGCAAUGGAAGGAGAAGUAUCUGGUAUUGACGGUAGAAGGAAAUUUGAUGGUUUGCAAAGAUGUAGACUCACCGCCUGACCAGGUGGUGGCGCUGCAGAGUAACUGUGAGUCCAUUGUGGAGGGUAAAGAAAUCCUGGACUUGCCCCGUUUACCCCCUGGAGGGCGCAGAGACAGCUGCUUUGCCCUCAUCUUGCCCCAAGACAAAUUCCUCCUGCUGCUGUCCGACAGCCCUGAUGAGUGCAGUCAAUGGCUGAAGUUACUCAGGAAGGUGAAGGAGGGUGUGACGUCACCGCUCGCCCUGAAGAGGCAGCAGAGCAUCACACCUUGCAUCACAGACAGAGAGCCGCUUCCAGAUGUGUCCAGUGAUAAAGACCCCUCGUCCCCCCACUUCAGUGACAAGGCCCUGAACUCCCCAGACGUCCGAUCCAGAGAAAAUUCCUUCAGACACAGAGGAAGCAUAAACCAGCGCCCUCCCCGCAGCCCCACUAUAGCUCCGCCCCUUCGAUCUGCAGACUGUCUGCGCCAUGGAAACAGCAGUGAUGCACGGGCGGUGAGGGCGGUGUGUCUUGUGAUGGGCGGGGCGGCUGCGUCCUCAGCGCUGGGUUACCUGAGCUCCUGUCCACCUGCCUCCUCUAACAUGGCCGUACAUGCGCCAGACAUGGCCCAUUCGACAGCUUUCUCCGAGGUGGGAGGAGGCAGUCCGUACCACCCCUGCAGCCAGGCCAUAGAGUCGCCACAUUUUAACAGCUUCGACUUUGAGGGGGACUCUGAUUUUGAUGCUUUUGACUGUGGAGGGUUUGACUUUUAAUGGAGUUGAUUCAGAGAAUUAGGGUUUAAUUUAUCCACAGGGUCCCCACGGUCAUGGAAAACCUGGAAAUAUUAGGGCAUUGGAAAAUGUUGAAUUUCACACCUGGAUAAGUCAUGGAAAUUCAUAGGUCAAAAGAUGUGAGAACCCUUGAUCCACUGUCUAUCUGUGUUUCUUGUAAAACGGCUCUUUCCUCAGUUGAAGGCAGCAAACAGUUGGAAUUAUGAGGAAUGGGUGAAUUUACCUUGUCAAGCAGUGUUGGGUGUAAUCUGAUUACAAAGUAACUAGCUACUGUAAUCAAAUUACUUUUUAGCCAAUACGUGGUUUUAGUGUACAUUCAAUUCUUGUAAUGAGAUUACAGUCACUGGAUUUCCAUUAAGUUAUUUACUUUUAAGUACAUUACUUGGGUAACACAUAUUUCUAGAAUAAUUUUUAUAUGUAUAAAUACAUCUAAAACAUCAGUUAUGUUCAUUUGUACGUCUGUUUAUGUUCCUGUGACAGCUGAAGCCAAAAAAAAAAUGUUUCAUUAAAUAAUCAGUAAAGUACUCAGAGAAGUAAAAAUUAUAGUGGAUCACAAACCAGGCCAUAUUUCACCCCAAAAUCUAAAUAAAUAAAUACAAAUAUUGUAUCCACAUAUUUCUGUGACCAUUGCGACCUCACACACACAAACACACACACAUUUCUAGCAUGUAGUGUUAAUGGAGAAUGUGCUUAAUUGUCAUGAGAAUAAAAUCACAGUGUAAAAAAAAUAAAUAAAUAAAAAUAGCGGUCCAGAAACACUACAAUAAUGUUCCAUUUGUUAACAAUAAUAAAUGCAUUAGGUAUCAUAAACAAACAAUGAACAAUAUACAGAAUUUUCCACAUCAUUCAUUAAUGUUUGUCAAUGUUAAUUAAUAAAAAUACAAUUGUUCAUUCUUAGUUCAUGUUAGUUCAUUGUGCGUUAACUAAUAUUAACAAAUUUACAACUUUUGAUUUUAAAAAUGUAUUAGUAUAUGUUGAAAUUAACAUUAACCAAGAUUAAUACUGCAAAUGCUGAAAAGGUAUUGUUCAUUGUUAAUGUUAACUAAUUGUUAACUAAUUAACCUUAUUGUAAAGUGUUACCAACGGUCCUAAGAAAAACCUUUUUUUUUCUUUGAAUUUUGGGGUGAAAUGUCACCUAUCGCCUAUGUGUUCUUGACUGGUGUCAUGAGAUUGACCCAACUGUACUCCUUUUAAUUCAUAUGUUGUGGCUAUUAAUUUUGUAUGUUUUAUGUGUAUAUACAUUAUGUUCCCAUAUAAAGAAGUAAUGUUACUGUGUUUGAAAAGUCUUAUUUAACCCAUUUUUUUUUCUUACUAAUCCAAUUCAAACUAAAUGGUUCAAAGGUCUUGUCUUGGUAUGAUUGCAUACACUUAUCACUACCCUCAUUGUAUAAAAGGACUGUAAUGUGAAAAGAUGAAUUUGCUUAUUCGGUGCAUUUUGAACUCUCUUCAUGUGCUCUUUUCAUUUGCUCACUUUCAGAAACUGUGGCAGUGUUUCAGGAGCGGUGCUGCACCGCUGCUGAAUUAUGAGUGCCGCUAUUAUCUAUUGAUAUUUCACAUGGCUCAUUAAUAUCAAUGAUGUGACGCAACGUAAAACUUGCCAGCACCAGUCAGUUGCGCACUUAUACUGCGUGCAGUCAAUUGGGACACCUGUAUGAAGUGAAAGAGACCCCACCAUAUACACUCAUGUAUUCACAGUGAUGUCAACGUUUAGCAGCCCAUCAAAGGCUGUUCACUAGUGCGUACACAUACACAACAGAGAAGCAGGAGACCCAACAUGAUAACUCCUCUAGCGGAAAGUCUUUUACUCUGAUAACUUCUUUGGCAAAGGUAGUAGAAAUAUAGGUAGAACUUAUAUAGAAAUACAUUUUUCUUCGGUGUAAAAUCUGUUCUAGAAUCCGCUCUUUGAUUGUAGGAAAAGUAACUGUCGUUUUUUGCCUUCAGAAAUUCAAAGAGAUGACUGUACUUAAUCAGUAGGAUUACACGCAGAUUAUUUCAAUUUAGCCCUAUAUAAAUACAUUUUUUUUUACAGAUGUUACUGUUGCAUCAAGUCAAAAUCAAUGCUAUACUAUCUAAUGUGCAUUUGAGCACCAAAAUAAUAUAAAUAUAUAUAAUAUUGUCACUGUUAUUUUAGUUUCUAUCAUUAUAUUUAAAAUAUUUAUAAAAAUAUUUAUUUUUGCCACUUUUGCUACCAAAUCGGGUGCUGGCAACACACUCUCACGGCGAAAAUGUCAGGAUUUGUAUGACUUUUAGAUAAGGGGUUUGGGUUAGGGCAUAAUAUUAAUAAGUAUGUCCUUAACGCCUCGUGCGCGGAACUCACACUUACUUCCAUAAUACCCAUCCGGAAAUUUGCAAGUGAUAAAGUCGUACGAGUUUAUGCGAACAACAUCGUGCGAGACCAUACGAAAUAGACAACUCGUGACAUCGGGUUGGGUGCUGGUGCCACCAUCUGUAGAACUUGAUGGCACCAGUGCCACUGCUCUCCUAUGUUAGUCUGGAGCCCUGUGGUGACAUGUAUGUUCUGUUAGAUAGGUUUAG